AUGUCUGCCUCACCAACAGCAGCUCCUAUCCAAUCGGCGAAGCGACCUCUCGAAGAUCCUUCCUCACCUUCCGCCCCAAAUGAUCAACCUGAAGCCAAGAGACCCGCCUUGGAUAAGGUUGUUAAGGGAGAAGGUGAAGAGUCAGAGCCAGCAGCAGAGAUUGUCGAGCCACCUGUGGUCAGCUCUAAUGGCGAUCUGAAGCCUGAAGCAACCAACGGCACCAAGGUCGAGGCGACGGACGGCCAGGGCGAUACCGUCAUUCCAGAUGCUAGUGCGCAACAAAGUGAGAGUACCAGUACAUCUGCCCAAGACCUGCCAGCUAGUGGAUCACACCUUCAGCACGAUGAGAGCGGAUGGAUUCAUAUUCGAGCUGUUAUCACCAGUGCCGAGGCUGCUACAGUCAUUGGAAAGGGUGGAGAGAAUGUCUCUUCGAUUAGAAAGAUGUCCGGGGCGAAAUGCACUGUCAGUGAUUACCAGAAGGGUGCGGUCGAGCGGAUUCUUACCGUUAGUGGUGUCGUUGAUGCUGCAGCAAAGGCCUUUGGUCUCAUUAUACGAACCCUUAACAAUGAACCCCUUGAAGCUCCAUCCAGUGCUCAGUCCAAGACCUACCCACUUCGUCUCCUCAUCCCCCAUAUCCUGAUUGGCUCUAUUAUUGGAAAGGGAGGCGUGCGAAUCCGUGAGAUCCAAGAAGCUUCCGGUGCUCGUCUCAACGCAUCCGAUUCAUGCCUCCCCCUAUCGACAGAACGCUCUCUCGUUGUUUUGGGUGUUGCCGAUGCCGUUCAUAUUGCAACUUACUAUGUUGGUAGCACGCUCUUCGAGCAGCUUUCAGAGCGAUUUGGAGGCCCCGCCGCUUCUGCUUACGCCUCUCGGAGUGGUGGCCCUGCCGGGGUUGUCCCUGGUGGCAUGCAAGUCGUCCCUUAUGUUCCUCAACCAGCUGGCGGAAACUUUGGUCACCCUGAUCAUCGCCGUCAUCAGGAGCGCCCUCAUCAGACCCCUAGCCAAGGAUACAACCAACCAUACUCUGGCCACGGUCAACCACAGCCGCAACAACCAGGCAAUCCAAUGCACUACGGUGGCUCCCCAGUUGUGCAAGGUGGUUACGGAGGAACUGGUCCGCAACAACCACACCAAGCCCACAUGGGUGGUCCUGGCCCACAUGCCGGUCCUAUCCCCCCCCAGGGUGGUCCUGUUGUCCCAGGUCAGCCACUGACGCAACAGAUCUUCAUUCCGAAUGAUAUGGUCGGAGCUAUCAUUGGUAAGGGUGGUGCGAAGAUCAACGAGAUCAGACAACUCAGCGGUAGUGUCAUCAAGAUCAACGAGCCUCAAGACAACAGCAACGAGCGUUUGGUCACCAUCACUGGAACUGCCGAGUGCAACCAAAUGGCUCUGUAUAUGCUCUACUCACGACUUGAGCGAAAAGCACCGCAUCUAAAAGAUGACUUCAUAAUUGACGGAUGGUAUUUCACGGUUCUCUUUUACGGCGGUGUAAUAUUGGCGCAGCAGGUAUUCUCUUCGGGGCUUGAGUUUCUUCUAAAAAGUUCGAGGCGCGGAUCUCGGGCUUUCCAUAACGUGGCUGAACUUGCGGCUACCGAACCUCCUUUUCUCUGCAUCUUGGUGGGUGGAGUACAAACUGGAUGA